AUGGGGCUCUCUGAGGAUGCCAGAUGUUGGGAACAAAGGUCUAAAAAUAAUCUUUCCAAAUAAUCUUUCCAUCUAUCAUUCAAGAAGAGCAUGUGCUUUGUGUGAACAUGUGAGCUGAGAACCUGAUCUAACUUGGAGUAAGGAAGUUCAACAGCAGCUUCUGGCUUCUGCUUGUGGGCUCCUUUUUUUUUUUUUUCUCUCCCCUUUCCCUUCCCAGAAGCUGCGCAGCAAAAAGCGGCUCUCUCCAGCGAUCAGCCCUCGCUCUCCCUCCCUCUCCGUCUCCCUCCCUCCCUGCCAAGGCUGAAUCGUCUGGAUCCUGGAAAGCUGGGCUCCUUGUUUGGUCUCUCAUUGGGAAAAUGGAUUCGAGGGCGCUGUCAGAGAUGCAUUUCUGUAAAAAGAUCAUCGCUGCAGCCUUGUGUGUCUUAGUUUUACUCCCAGAUUCGGGCUGUGCAAGGAAUCUCUGGAAACGUGCUCUACAUCUGAAAAUGACGGAAAAAUAUGAUGAUUAUGAGUACCCUCUUCAUUCUCACAGUGCCCACUACCAGAAGAACGACCGCUGCCCCCCACCGCCCCAGACCUUGCCCGACCGAGCCUGCGAGGUGCCCAGCUGCCGAUCAGAUUCCGAGUGCGAAAGGCACAAGCGUUGCUGUUACAACGGCUGCAUCUAUGCCUGUCUGGAGUCCGUACAGCCACCGCCAGUUUUAGACUGGCUGGUUCAGCCCAAACCCCGCUGGUUGGGAGGAAACGGGUGGCUUUUGGAUGGCCCUGAGGAAGUCUUACAAGCGGAGGCCUGCAGUACCACUGAGGACGGCGAUGAGCCUCUGCAUUGCCCCACUGGAUACGAAUGCCAUAUCAUCAACCCUGGCAACACCGCCGAAGGAAUCCCUAACCGGGGCCAGUGUAUCAAGCUGCGGGGAAAUCCAGACGGACGUAACCUAAGGCAUAAGUAUUACAAGGAAUAUUUUGGGAGCAGUUCCAACAAUGUGGUCGGCUAUGUGAAAAACCAGCAGAAGCAUUUGGGCUAAUUGGAGGUGUUCCUGGCUGGACCACUCUGUUAAGCAGCUUUCAAGGAACGAUUUACCCACUAGUUGUCUGUUCUGGACGGAUUCCGGUCCCCGAUCUCCAAGAGCACAUCUCCAGCGUUACCCUGCUUUGUGCCCACCAGUGCUAAAAAGACUUCACUCUGCAGGAAAAAGCGUGAGUCUAGAUUUUAAGCCUAUCGACAGAGGGAGAAAUGUGAUCCCCUGGAAGAAACCUCACCACUUAAGGGCUGUCCUUCUGCAGGCGAAGUGUGGAUAGUGUCACGCUGGUCCCUGCAAGCCGCGGCGUCGUUAUCAGGCCCUUGGACCGGAGCAUGCCCUCGACGUGUGCUCGGUGGCCAACUUGGAUGUGGCCAGUUCAGAUUUCCCUAUCACAAACGUAAUUCGGUAGUAUAACAAUGGAGGAAGUGGUGUCAGAAUCAGACCUGAAUAUUAUAUCCAAGUUGUAUUAAUUAAGCAAGACUGACACUGAAAGGGCUCCCUGGGUUGAAUCCGGUCCCUGCCUAUCUCAAACUGCUUCACGUAAUCCUGCAGAUUUCUUCUUUUCCUGUUUAUGCCUGGGAUUCACCAGAUUUACACCCAGACUACAAACCUAAGCCUAAAAUCUUAAGAAUUGAGAAACUCUGAGCUAGGAGCAAAACAAAUUUUAUCACGUGUUUAUCCAGUUACUUUACUUAAAUUCCACAGUCUGGUGAGAUGCAGAUCAAGAGCUAAUGUUCAAAUAAUUUUCUUCCUGCAAUAUCUAAGCAGUGAGAGACACAGACGUGGCAGCCUUUUUAAGUUGCUAUUUUUAGCCAGCACAGUUUAUACUCACAGAGUAUCCAUCUGUAUUUUUGUACCUGCAAAACCUCAACGGGAGGACUGAAGUCUGGAUAUUUAUUGCGCAUAUUAGAAGAGCAAAAGCACGACAAAAAUGUGUGAUUUAAAAAGAUUGUCUGGCAGAUGGGCAGCUGCUCUUUAGAAGUCCUGGCCCUUUAUGUUGACUUCCACAAAUCCUUAAGGAUAAGUUAUUUGUAUCUGGGCCUUACAGCUUCUUUCAGAUGCUUAGCAUUAUAAAAUAGAAAACAAAUUUUCUGUGAAUGUUUUCCUUUACUGUGGCAGCUCCCUAAAGGGACAGUAACAUUUUAUUUUGAUGUAGUUGUCAGAAUCAGUAGGCAAAAGAAGUCAUUUUUGCUCACUUGUUUAGUACAUGUGUCCCUCUGCAUUCCUAAAAUUAGCAUUUUGAUAUACAGAGUAGUAGUGGUGUGUGUAAAUACCCAGUUCACAAAUACAAACGCUUGCAUUCACCCACAAACCAUUUUUUUUUUUCCGUUCACCAAGCAGUUAAAGCCAAAGCUAAGGUGCUUAUAAAACACUUGAUACCUUGCAUAUGACGUUUGUGGCUGGAGAGACAGAAGAUGCCAGACUGCUCUUUCUGUUUCCUUUCAUCCGCAGACACAUUCCUCGGUGCUUUACAGUGCACAGGAACAAAUGAAGGGCUCCACCUUCCCCUGAAUAUCUCCAUUUGUUAAACUCUGUGCAUUUCUCUGUGCUUUUUUCCAAAUUCUAUGUGUUAAGUGCAACACUGUAUUUGCACAGGCCUAUUUCUAGAAUAUUAUCAUAUACAACUUAACAGAAUGAUUUCUUAACUCCUCCUAAAAAGGCAGGAGUCCAUAUUUCAUAGUGCCAGUCUUAGUUUAGACCAGGAGCUUGCGUUUUCUGGAGUGACAGUACUUGACAUCUUAAAACACUGCAGCUUGUAAUCAGAAAUACAGGCCUUGCUCCCAGAUGCUGCUCAGUGAAACAGCCUUUUUUUUUUUUGUUCAGCAAUGUAUUUUGCAGGAAAGUCAGAUUCUGAUUAAAAUGAGCAAAGCUUUUCAGUCAUUACUGCUGGUCACCAAGGAGUAAAUGCAAAGUUGUUGUAUUUUAGUAUAAAACAUUCAGAGUCUGAAAAACUGUGAGGAUCCUGUUCAAAAACAUGUUUUGAGCACGAAUGAAUUUACAAGAUUAAAACUUCAGAUCUCAGCCUAAUCUUGCAAAGCAUCCAAAAAUAUGCUUAAUUUCAGUGGAGACGUUCUCUUCGGUGGCUGCUCUAUCAUAGCUGCAGGAAGCACUUACCUGACCUCCUUGCUGGAUGGAAUGGUAGAGAUAUUUUCUAAUUACAAAAUGAACUAAAAAGAAAAAAGGAAAGUUGGGUAAUUAAUAACUUGUUUGUGAAUUUCUGUUUACCGGAUUUUAUCAAAGACAUCCCCCUCCCUAGUGGUGCUAUAAUGUUUGGGUGCUAUAAUAUUUGGGGUUUUGUUCUUUUCAAGUUCCUAUUAAUUGUCAAACUGAGAAACAAAAUCUACAGAAGCAACUUGUAUGAAUGUUAUGUUUUCAGCAUUGAAGUCCAUCGUACUUUGGAAAAAAAAAUGCAGACCGAAUUAAUUCUCCUGAUCUUAUUUUUUCCAAAGAAAUGGCUGAACAUCAGUUAUGAAGCACAGUAGGAAAUCACUAAUGUAGGGGUCUUUUUUAAUGUUCCCAUGUACACUUUAAAGCAUGUUUGGUGCUACAGUAAACUUUCGGUGUAUCACUGUGUGCUAGCAAUGCUCGUGGGCUUCCGGAUCCUCCAGCGUCGCAGCAGCGUCCGUGGAGCUGCUCUGCCCUGCGUCCGCUGAGGAUCUGCUGCCCCGAGCCAGGCAAUAGCUGUUUGUGCACUUGGUGUUCAGACGUGUACAGGUUCUGCAACUUUGGUGCUCAAUAAAAAGUGUCCAGUAUAUUUUUCAACUA